ACAGGUUUGGAAAAAGGCAGCUGUCGUGCUGCUCCCUCCUACAGAGCAGAACAAGCGCUAUAUUCAUCUGCCCCUGAAACUCCCCCGAGCGACUUGAGGACAGACAGAGGGGAGCGCAAUAAUGUCAUUAAUGCAGCUGGACGCAGACACGCACGCCGUCUGAUCCGAUCCACUGUCAGUUCUUACAAUGUGGAAGAUCUGCGGUGUCCUGAUCGCCUGGGCUCUGCUGCUCAUACUGCAUGUGCGAGCUCAGACCCCAAACAGACAGACCUUCACAUGUGGUGGGAAUAUCACAGGACAGUCGGGUGUUAUUGGUAGUCAGGGUUAUCCGGGCGUCUAUCCGCCGAAUACCAAAUGUGUGUGGAGAAUUACAGUUCCAGAGGGCAAAGUGGUCGUCCUCUCAUUUCGUUUUCUCGACUUAGAGAGUGACAACCUGUGCCGCUACGAUUAUGUGGAUGUUUAUAGUGGCCAUGCCAAUGGACAGCGUCUUGGCCGCUUCUGUGGGACAUUCAGGCCAGGAGCCCUUGUUUCUACAAGCAACAAGAUGCUUGUACAAAUGGUAUCUGAUGCCAAUACAGCUGGCAGCGGCUUCCUGGCUGUGUACUCUGCUGCCAACCCAAAUGAGCGAGGGGAUCAGUACUGUGGUGGGAGAUUAAUGAAGCCGUCAGGAACCUUCAAGACCCCCAACUGGCCAGAGAAAGACUAUCCUGCUGGAGUCACAUGUUCUUGGCAUAUAGUAGCACCAAAGAACCAGAUUAUAGAGGUGAAAUUUGAGAAAUUUGAUGUGGAGAGGGACAACUACUGUCGUUAUGAUUAUGUAGCCAUUUUUAAUGGUGGAGAAAUCAACGAUGCGAAAAGAAUUGGGAAAUACUGUGGUGACAGCCCACCAGCACCCGUGUUCUCAGAGGGGAAUCAGCUCUUCAUUCAGUUCCUCUCAGAUCUCAGUUUAACAGCGGAUGGCUUUAUUGGUCAUUACAAAUUUAGACCCAAGAAGUUUCCCUCCACAACCGUUCCACCAACCACGACAGCACCACCCACUACCACCAGACCUAUAUCUUUGAAGUACUCUGCAGCGCUGUGUCAACAGAAAUGCAAACGGAAGGGAACGGUGGAGAGCAGACGUUUCUUUGACCCAUUAGUGAUCACUGGAACGGUCAUCACCGCUGUAACGCGAGGAGGUAGCAUGUAUGCCACCAUCUCCAUAAUCAAUGUCUUCAAGGAAGGUAACCUUGCUAUCCAGCAGGCUGGCAAAACCAUGAGCACAAAGAUUGUCAUCCUUUGCAAGAAGUGCCCCUACAUCAGACGAGGUUUGAACUACAUCUUCAUGGGCCAGGCAGAUGAGGAGGGCCGUGGAAUGAUCGCCCCCCAACAUUUCAUCAUGGCUUUCAAGUCCAAGAACCAGAGGGCCUUCAACAUGCUGAAGAACAAACGCUGCUGAGCUCUUGCAGGCAAUCUUUGGUCUCAAAAUCCACACAUGGGUGUGUGUCUUCAUAUUUGCCCUGCAUGUCCCAACUUCCUUCAUCGCCCUCUCCAGAGGAGCCCGAGGACUGUUGAAGCACAUGGCACACACCUGGUUGGGCUCUCUUGGUUCCUACUUCUCUUCUUACUGUUGUGAUAAACAUCAAAUUGGCAGAAAGAGCAAAAGUAGUAAGGCAUGACUGGUGAAGAAAGCUAAAAUGUAAAGAUCAAGAUGAUGGUGUUUUGAAUGGCACAGUUUACAAGAUAUUUCUAGAUUUUUGAUCAAAUAGCAAAGUUAGAAGAGCUUUCUUGAUGAUGUCUAAAAGGCAAUAAACUAGUAGCACACCUUUGAAAUCAUGCUGGAUAUGUUACAUUUUGUCUAUCAAAUAUUUUCAUAGAAACAGAUACCUA